UCGCACGCGGUUGCAUUCUAUCGCGCGACGACUGGCAUCAGUUCGCCGUAGUAGGCCGACUCGAAGCCCGCGUUCGUUACCUGCCAGCUCCGUUCUUUAGAUUUCACUUUCAUAGUAAUUCUCCGUAUUCUAUCGUCGUUCGUAAAUAAACGAAUCACUCGAGAUUUCACCAGCGUGGGAACGAUGCGACUGGACACCUAAAUAAAAAAGGAAACGUGCGCCAGAGGAUCCUCCCGAUGAAAAGAUGUCGAGCACGAAGGACGUGCUGAUAAAGAUAUGCGUUCUGCUGUUCCUCUGCGAUCAUGCUGCCUGUCUCAUUGUCCCGGAAGAACUGCCCACGAUACUUUCCCUGAUCUAUUCGAACAUUCCGCCGAUAAAGAAAGGCACCGACUCGAGACUCGGCUUGGGUUUUCGACUGGGUCAGCACGCUGAUUUCCAAGUGCUCGUGGAACUGGGACCGCAAUCCGAAACUGACCCGAUCGGUAAUGCAGACACCAAGAGGCGCCGUGACGCGAUGUUCAGUGCCGCGAUGAAAGGAGAACUGGGACCGUUGGCUCAAGCGGUAGCAAAGUAUCAAAUGGAACGAAAAUUCCAGAGGGAAUUGGACAAAUUGAAGAAAACAGAGGAGAAGGCUAACGCGAUAGGCGUCGAGGAAAAUGAUGUUAAAAAAUCUACGGGCAGCGAUUGGUUGGCGAAAUGGAGCAAAGAGAUGGGGAAACCGUCCAAGGACAGCGCGUCGGUGGAAGAUAUUUCCAACGAACACGGUUUCCCGCCAUCUUUGAAAAGCAAAACUGUGCAGAGAAUAGGAAGACCUCCCGUUUCGUCGAGCGGUGGAAAAAGUACGAUCUCGGAUCUGGAAAGCUUGUACAAGCAACAAAGUGAUAAAAAGAGCGAGUGACUUUCUUUCCCACGAAUCUAGUACAUAGUUAUUAGACAAGUAUGGCAAAAUUGGUCGACAAACUGCCUCUGUGCCAAAGGACUUCUACUCUCGGUUGCCAAAAUAGCUUAUCACACUUACGGAAGCUUGUAUCUUUUAAUAAUUAAUAACUGCGAGCGGUGCGUAGAAUUCUAAACGUAAUAAUGUAUAUUUAACAAACAUAACAACUGUGAAAUAACUGUACAGCUGUGACGUCAACUCAUUCAUUAAAAAAAUACAUACGAUUUUAUC